AUGACCCCCAACCUCACAACCUUCACGCUCUUCACCUGCCUCCCCUUCGAGCUCCGCCUCAAGAUCUGGUCCCACGCUCUCUCCAAGCCCAGAACCGUGACCAUCGUCUGCCACCGCGAAAUGCUCGACCGCGAGCGCCGCUUCGCAAAAGCUUUUACAUCCUCCACGCCCCUCCACCCUCUCUUACACGUCAAUCGAGAAUCCCGCUACGAAGCUCUCUCCCGAUACACGCCGUCCUUCACUACGGAUACCUCGCCCAUCUACACCUACAUCUGCUUCGCCCGCGACACUCUCAAGUGCGCCGACAGCGUGCUGGAAUAUAUGCCUCCUCACGAAGUUCGGCAAAUUCAGAGGCUCGUGUUAGAGGUGCGUGAUGCAGAGUAUUUCGGACACUUUCACAUGGAUGUCGUGAAGCGGAUGGAGAGGCUGGAGAGCGUGGAACUUUUAGCAGCCCCGGGAGCGUUGGAUUAUCGGUGGAAUCGCGGGGAUCGGUAUGUGGGGACGCUGAAGAGGGAGUUUAUGGAGAAGAGGUAUGAGGAUCCGGGGUGGAGGUGUCCCGAGGUGAGGAUUGUUAAUAAGGAGAGUGGGGAAGAGGUCGGUAGU